CAUCUGAUCUGAUUGAUGUGCCCCCUCACGCACGCGCUCCCUCCGCUCGCCCACCCCUCAUCACUCCAGUACACAGUGCUACGGUUCGACAGACUUCCAGAGACGGACACCAUCAUCCACCGGCGAGGCUUCCACCUCCGACGAACCCGCCCCGCCCGCUCGGGGCCCGACACCAUGUCCAUCUCGCUGCGCCUCGCCAUCCCCACCGCGGCGCCCUGCCCCGUGCCGCCGCGGACGGCCCGGCCCGCCGGGAAUGCGGCCUGCUCCCCCGCCCCCGCCGCGCGGACGGCCGCGCUCAGGGGAUGCGUCUCGCUGCCGAUGAAGCCGCAGCCCCUGGGAGCGGGCGCGGCGCGGCCGUGCCGGAGCCGGGGGAGCGCCAUCGUGUGCAACGCGUCGGCCUACCUCAGCCCGCCCACGACGCAGUGGGUCUCCGUCGCGGCCGCCGCAGUGCUAUUGCUUGCUAAAGGCACUGGCAUACACAAAUCUUUCCUCGUGCCAUUGUUUGUUCUGCAAGCACCUACCGCCGUAAUCUCAUGGAUCAAGAGUGAAUAUGGGCUGUGGACUGCUUUUCUUGCGCUUGUGGUGCGUUUGUUCUUACCCUUUCCAGGUGAGCUAGAGCUUCCACUGUCAACAAUGCUGGCUGUCAGCGUUGCUCCUUACCAGGUGAUGAAUGUGAGCGUGCUAUUGGUUGCUAAAGAGACAGGCAUACACAAAUCUUGGCUCAUGCCAUGGUUUGCACAGCAAGCACCUAGCAGUGUAAUCCCAUGGAUCAAGAGAGAAUAUGGGCUGUGGACAGCUUUUCUUGCGAUUUUGGUGCGCUUGUUCUUACCCACUCCAGGUGAGCUGGAGCUUCCACUCUCAACAAUGUGGCUUAUCAUCAUUGCUCCUUACCAGGUGAUGAGUCUGAGGGGAACUCAAGCUGGCAGGAUACUAUCUUUGACGGUAGCCGUGUAUCUCGCCUUUCAGUACUUCACCAGGAACAGAGGGUUGGAUAGAGCCUUCCGUCCGGGAUCGAUAGUCGCGACCCUCGCCGUCAUCUGCAUCACAGUUACCAACGUGAUCCUGCUGUUCUGAGUUGCAAAGAGUUCACCCCUUGUUGUAGGCCUGACUGUCGAGGGGAAGAGGAGGAGCUACCCCAGAGUGCAAUCUACUGAUAUAUGUAUCUUCAUGUACGAACUUUGGUAUCAACAGAUCUCAGCACUUCAGCAGAUUGUUCGCACGUGAUGGAGUCGUGCAGAUAGGGAUGGGCUUUGAUUUUAGAUUUUGUCUGGUCCAUAACAAUUUCACAGCCAUCUCUUAUAUUUUGACAGACAAUUUUUGUCGACUCGGGGCACAAUCAAACUCAAAGGAGUGACAAAAAAGAGCAGGAAAAGAAUAUUUGGAAUUGACGAGCCCCUUGACAUAAGAAUGUACUCCCUAUUUGGCAUACGAUUUUCUCCUAAGCCAAAAUUUUCAAAGGUUUCAUUGUUUGACCAAGUUUAUGGGAAAAAUAUUUAACAUUUAUAAAUAUACCACAUGUAUAUCCUAUGAGAAUGCAUUUCUUGAUGUA